CUCGUCGGGACCAGAGCUCCAUGCGCUCCGGUGAAACACACACACGCACACACACUCCCUCCCCGAGCCGGACAGCACAGCUCCUGGCCCGGCAGCCCGGCACCCGGCAGCCCGGCCCCCGGACCCCGGCCCCCGGACCCCGGACCCCGGAUCCCGGACCCCGGCGGAGGAGGAGGAGGAGGAGGAGGAGUAGGAACGAGACUUCCAGGCUUCCAGGCGCCGCUGCCCGCUGCCUGACCGUGGACCUUCCAGCGCCUUACUUCUUGGACAUGGGAGACAUGGGGGAUCCGCCGAAAAAAAAGCGGCUGGUGUCUCUGUGCGUGGGCUGCGGGAACCAGAUCCACGACCAGUACAUCCUGCGCGUGUCCCCGGACCUGGAGUGGCACGCUGCGUGCCUGAAGUGCGCCGAGUGCAGCCAGUACCUGGACGAGUCGUGCACCUGCUUCGUGCGGGACGGGAAGACGUACUGCAAGCGGGACUACAUCAGGUUAUACGGCAUCAAAUGCGCCAAAUGCAAUAUCGGCUUCAGCAAGAACGACUUCGUGAUGCGCGCCCGCUCCAAGGUGUACCACAUCGAGUGUUUCCGCUGCGUGGCGUGCAGCCGCCAGCUCAUCCCGGGGGACGAGUUCGCGCUGCGGGAGGACGGACUUUUCUGCCGGGCCGACCACGACGUGGUGGAGCGGGCCAGCCUCGGCAGCGGGGACCCGCUCAGCCCGCUGCACCCCGCCCGCCCGCUGCAGAUGGCAGCAGAGCCCAUCUCGGCCCGCCAGCCCGCGCUGCGGCCGCACGUCCACAAGCAGCCGGAGAAGACGACGCGGGUGCGCACGGUGCUGAACGAGAAGCAGCUGCACACGCUGCGGACCUGCUACAACGCCAACCCGCGGCCUGACGCGCUCAUGAAGGAGCAGCUGGUGGAGAUGACCGGCCUGAGUCCGCGGGUCAUCCGGGUCUGGUUCCAGAACAAGCGCUGCAAGGACAAGAAGAGGUCCAUCCUCAUGAAGCAGCUGCAGCAGCAGCAGCCCAACGACAAGACGAACAUCCAGGGGAUGACGGGCACGCCGAUGGUGGCGGCCAGUCCGGAGCGACACGACGGCGGGAUCCAGGCCAACCCGGUGGAGGUGCAGAGCUACCAGCCGCCCUGGAAGGUGCUCAGCGACUUCGCCCUGCAGAGCGACAUCGACCAGCCGGCGUUCCAGCAACUGGUCAGCUUCUCGGAGGGGGGACCGGGCUCCAACUCGACCGGCAGCGAGGUGGCGUCCAUGUCGUCGCAGCUCCCGGACACGCCGAACAGCAUGGUGUCCAGCCCCAUCGAGGCCUGAGGACGCGCACCCCGGACCGCUGGAGCGGCGGCGCGCAGCGCGCCCCCGCCGCCCCGACCCCCCCCAACCCCGACAGCACCGCACAACCCCCGCCAGGUUGUGUUUUGUGUUCUGACACUGUGAAGACAAUCAUGGGAUUUUACCACGGCCGCGCGUCCUCCUGUUCCAUCCAGGACGCGGAUCGGUGGAUGCGUUUUCACCCACGCGCUCCAGGUUCCAGUUGCCAAAAAAAAAAAAGAACCUGCUUUCUGGAAAAAAAACGGGAUCUCUGAGUGAGACAGAAGUCUAAAUUCUAAACUUUGAACACAAAUCAAUUGUGAUUUUUCUUUUUUUUUUAUUUAUUGGGAGAAACUCAGCGCAUCGUUUGGAGGAGCGCAAGCGCCGACCCUCCUCAUCACCUUCAUCACCCAAAUACUACUGACGCAUUUGCAACAAAAUAUACCUCUAUUUUGCCACAAGCAUCGUGGGACAUUUGUGAGUUUGCGUCUUUCCAACAAUAGGCUCUAAUUUUUGUUUUUUUUCUCCAAAGACAUGUAAAUUAAUGAGUUAGUUCUGGAGGAAAAUGUAUUGUUUGUUCCCGUGCAGAAGAAUUAUUUAUUAUUUAUUGCCGAUUAAAUUGCCACCUUUUGUGUAAUUUUCGUAAAUGAAGUAAAAAAAAAAAAAAAAAGAAAAGAAAAAAAGAACAAAAUGAAAAAAAAAGAUUGGAGUUGGUCUGUGGAUUUCCCAUCAGCAUCAUUUUUUUUCUUCAUCUUUUAACAAUAAUUGUGUAGAAAUGGGACAGUGAGUAGCCUACUGACUAUCCACUGAGAGACUUUUUCUUCUGAAUGAAUAUCUGGGAUGAAUCUGUUCAGACUGGAGGAGUCAACCGGGUGAGAAGCUCCUUUUGAUUUACUUCCGUUUAAAAAUCCCUGAUCUCAACAUUUUCAGCCUCAUGCUCCUAUUUCUAUUUUCCACUGUAGCUAGUUUCGCCUCCUCGUUCUCUGUUAAGAAGUGUUGCAAACCCACUAUGGUGAUUGUGUUGUGACAUUAAAGCGGCACGCGUGAAGCCGGGCAGAGCUGUCAUGUGAGCACUUAUAACAGGGAUGACUUCAGCACUGAGGGCAGAAUAACACGCAGCACUUUCACUCAUCUUUCCCGGCAAAGCCUCCUCGGAAGUUUUAUUCUUCAUUUCUUCAGGAACACACAUGCACACAAUUCAGAAUACGCAGCUGUUUUUGUUCUUCAGCUUUCUGCUUUUAAAAGUUUUAGCGUGUUGAUCUGUGCAAGCAAAACACGAGGUUCUUCAUCGCCGACAGCAACAGAGACACGCGACGCACCACUUCUGGAUCAUGUUUGAACAUGGAUGGUAAAAAACCAAACCACUGAUGCCUGAUAGUGCUCCUGCAGACGGGACCUGGCUGGUUACAGCCGUCGCCGCCACGGUGACCCGUGUGGCUGUGACAGUUUUGUUCCUCGACCUCAGCAGCGCGUCCACAACCUCCACACAGACACAUCCCACCCUCCACUGCAAGCUCACCUCUUUCCAAGUACAUCCACAAAUGAUUGCAUUGAUCAUUUACAUGCAGUCAUUCAGAUCUCUGAUGGGAUAUAAAUGAAGUAUAAAUUAAAAACUCAAGUGCAGAAGAACAGUUUAAGCUUUGAGGUGGAAUCAAAAUCAGAAUCAGAAUCAUGUUUAUUUGGCCAGGUCAGGUCAGACAAGACAUGGAAUUUGACUCAGUUAUUUUCGGUUACUCUACAGUAAGUAGGCAAUAGACAAAUGACAGCUCUUAUCAACAUAUAUACAAUUUUUAAAAAGUGAAAGGUGCAGCAGAAUGAGGUAGACAUGAUUAUUG